UUCAUUUAUGUUGCACUUGGUGGUGCUUCCAAGGGAUGGGGGUAGGUCGAGUGAUUGGAUUGGGCAGAUUAGAGUCACAAGACCGAAGGGAAAAUAAACUGUACAGCUGUACAGACAAUCUGAGUCUGCGCUUCGGAGAAAAUGAGUGAAUCAUUAGUAGUAUGUGAGGUCGAUGAGGAUUUGGUCAAAAGGUUACGAGAGUUCCGAUUCCGGAAGGAAACCAACAAUGCGGCCAUUAUCAUGAAAAUUGACAUGAAGCGACAGCUUGUGGUCCUUGAUGAGGAACAUGAGGAUAUAUCUCCUGAUAAUCUGAAAGAUGAAUUGCCUGAAUGUCAACCAAGAUUUUUGGUCUAUAGUUAUAAGUACCUGCAUGAUGACGGCCGAGUUUCCUACCCACUGUGCUUCAUCUUCUCUAGCCCACUCGGGUGCAAACCUGAGCAGCAGAUGAUGUAUGCAGGCAGUAAAAACAAGCUUGUGCAUACUGUGGAAGUGAGCAAGGUGUUUGAGGUCAGGAAUACUGAGGACUUGACAGAGGAGUGGCUUCGGGAGAAACUGGGAUUCUUCCGUUAGGCGCCUCUAGUCUGACUGGAUGAAGAUGUUGGGGAGAUGACCAAGACAGCAUGUGAUGUUAAUUAGGGGAGAAAAUGCCAUGGUCUGGCUGUGUCUUUUCCAUUGUCUGUGUCUAACCAAGGCUGUCACCCCACCCCCUCACCCCCAGGCCCCCAGCCCUUUCCCCAUAUGAUAGCUUUCCAGAAAGUAUGUUUGUACUCCCAAGAGUUAAGUGAGAGGGAAAAAAAACACUAAGCUUUGUUUUAUUAUUCUUAUAAAAGAGCACAUUUUUCAACAAACUGAAGAGUUAUGUUAGGAAUCAAUGACUAAGGCACAUUCCAAAUAUUUUUAUUAGUAAGGCACUGCCGAUUGCCUAUGUAGAUGUACCUAACCAAAUGUGCUUAAAAUACUAUUUCCACAGCAUUUGUGCUGUUUCACCUCAUCUUAACUUGUGGUGUUGACAUACGAAAUUCACUGGCGUGGUUGUACUUCUCUAGUUUUUUUUUUAAUUUUUCCCCCCUGUUCUACAUGAUACUCAACUACUUUGUUUUUUUUAUUUUUUAAACUUGUGACUCAAACCACUUAAUAUGUAGUCUUAACAAUUUAUUACAUUUUUUUCCAUGAUCAAGUACUAGUUACAUUAUGAAUAAAGUGUUUCCGUCAAAGCCUUUGGGAGAAAAGUGCAGCUAAAAUACCCUUUUUGCCAUUUCCAGGAAUUUUUUUGGUUUCACAGUUUUUGGAUGGCUUUUGUAUUUUUGAUAAUUGGUUGGGCCUGGGAAUGGGCCCACUCCCUUGUCCAUCUGAUUGGGAUCACCAGAAUAUGAGGUUUACACAAAGGAUCCAAAGAUCUAAUGAAAUAGGUACAUACGUAUGUGCACAUACUUAAUGGAAAUAUCGACCCUGGUUUUCAUACAAUUGAUCACAGAUUUAAUGUAAUUGACCUUUCUCUUCCAAAGAUUGAUCAGCUAAUUAAAAAUUCACUGACACAGAAUCCAGUAUCCAUUAUAUAUAGUUUAAAAAAAUCAAAUUUAUAUUUGAUAGUAGUCUGUGAUGGGCAUGGAGAUUUUAUUGUACUCUGUCUUUUGAUUGGAAACAAAAUGUAUAAAUAAACAAUAUUUGUCGCACCAUCUGCACUCUUAUUAAGUAACUGUGAGACCAUGAAAAUUUCAGUACUGAGUUUGCAUUUUAAUUUUGUAUUUAAUAAAACACUCCAUUGCUGUCCAUAUAUCUGUCAAAACUGCUGGUAAUUACAGUAAGGUGUAUUGGGAUGAUGUUUAGCAAAUCACUCUUUUACAACCACAUAGCUGCAGCAUCCCAGAUUUCCUCAGUUAAACAUUUGUUAUUGCUUAUCCAUCUCAAUCUGGUAAACACUGGAUAACUGUUCUACUGCCUCAUAAUCAUAAACAUCAAAAUGACUCAUGCCAGUUUAAGUGAUUAAUACAGAAUUUUUCAGUUCAAAUUUAUUCAAAUUUACAUGUAAUAUAUUUUCUGAGUUUCUGUCAAACUUAAUAGUAUGAAGGGAAACGUCUCAGUAUUUUUUGGAACGCUCCUUUUAUUUUGUUUUGUUCUUGUUAAAAUGGAUAGAUAUGAAUAAAUACCGUUUGUCUUUUUAAUUCUAUACUAAUGCCUAAUAAUUGUUGGGAUCUAAAAUAAUGUGGGAGUAGAAAAUAAUAAUUUUAUAGCCAUUUCCAGCAAAAUGUAUAUUUUACUUCCUUUUUCAUUUAUUCCCUUUUUGAAGUCUCAUACUUCAUCAGUUUGCAUUACUGGAAAUAAUGGUUCUGUGCCUGAGGUUGUAAUUUUAAUGGGAGGAGAAUUUAAAUGUGAUACUGUUUCAGAAAAUAUGCUUUAUCAUCAGCGAUGCUGAGUUUACUUUGACAAUCUUGGUUUGUUUGACAAAUCAACCUAAUGUCCUAAUGUGAACUACUACAAUAAAAGGCUUAUUUGGUUGUUGAUCAUCAAAAACACUGGAAGCACCAAUUUAGGCCUAAAGUACUUUCAUUACAGUGCUACAUGGGACAAAUGCCCAUUAGCUGACAGAUGCUAAUGCAUUUUAUAAAAGUGGGACCAAUUUACCAAACAAGGAACAAGCACUUUUAAACGGUACUUAAUAUCUCUUUUUUACUAAUUCCAUAACCAAGAUUCAACAGAACAGAGUUUCUGGUUUGUUGUUUAUACUGUAAAUUAACAUCCUAAACUUGUUUGCUAUUGCUUUGAUGGGCUAGAUAAGCAAAGCUUUUUAUAUGGCCAUGUAUACAUAUAUACACGUUUCAUGGGGGGAGAAAACGCUUUAAAUCAGAUUGAAAUAAACAUAAUGUUGAGGUAAUGUGUCCAUCUAUAUCUGAAAAUACUAAAUAUCUACUUUUGUGUGGUGUUCAAAACAAUUAAUUCUUUGCACAAAAUUUUAACUUUGUCCAUAUAAGACAAUUUUAUGAGUUUGCUAGAACUCUUCUGAAUGGUAAAAGUUCCUCUCCUCUGUUUGAUGCCCAGGACUAUCCAGUGCAUUUAUAUGUGAAUUUUUGAGCAUCACAAAACUUUGCUUCAUAUAUUCUUCUGAACAUUUUACUUAUGUUCAGAUUAUUUUGGUAUAACUGGGAGAAAAUGAAAAAAACCAUAGUUUUACACUGUGCAGAGUGGUGGAAUGCAUGUAUGAAAGCAUGCUGUUUAUUUUGAGGGUAAAACUGUGACCUUUUACUUGGUUUCUGUUUUCUACUGAAAAUAAACAGCAAAUGUCUCAAUGCUUGAUAUUUGAUCAGAGAUAUGUUUCUUUGAUAAAAGAGACAGUAUGGACCAAAUGAUAAUUGCUCUCAGAAAUUUUGAAUCCAAAUUACAGUCUAAAAAACUAAAAUGGGAGUUCCAGGAACUUUAAAACUUCAUAAACAAGAAUGUAUAUUUUGAGUAGAAAUAAGUUAGGCAUUGAGGUUCAGUCAGUUGGCAAGCAUGAAUAUUUUAAGGUAAUUAUGGGUGGGUGAUAACAUCUUGACAAUAAAACUGUUAUUUUGAAAUAAUGUUGGAGAUUCUUGUUCAUCAUAUUAAUAAUAUUUGUAAAGCUUUGAACGAUCACAUUAACUAAUGACAGUGAAUUUCAAGUAAUUUGAAACCUGUUUCUUUGUGGACUUACUCUUUUCAGUCAGCAUGAAUUAUAGCCAUGAUUUUGUUUUAUUCUGCCUUGUACAACUAACAGGUCUAAAUGUGAGAUCCAGUUAACAUUUUUGCUAAUGUCCUGUGGAUUAUCUGAAAGCUAUACUUAAUAAAUAUAUUUUGUUUUGCAGUAAUUUGUGUGUGUGUGUGUGCGUGCGCACGUGCCUGUGUUUUCGCUUUCCCAGCUGUACUGUACUUCAUUGACUAAAAAUUCACGACAUAGGUAAUGUAUGAGCUUUGACAGUCAGUUCUUGUUACGCAUUUACACAGCAAAUGCAUUUACGGUAUACUUCCAAAAAAUCUUAAUGUUUUUGUUUUUAUUGAUACAAGCAAUAAUUUGCUAAAUAUGUUGGGUGUUUAUGAAAUCAAUGUGUUUCUUCUAGUAUAUUUAGUUGCAUUGGAUCUAAACACUGUUUUUACUGAAGUCAUUUUUGAGGGCAUGGGUCACUGGUUUGUGCGGAUUUCUUUUUUUCCCCUUUUCUUUUAUCUAGUUUGAUUUCAGAUUUCCUCCAGAAGAAUGAAUAGAAUGACAUUGCCAAUAUAAUGUCCUGUUAUUAAAUUUGCCUGAAAGGAAAUAAUUGAAAAUGAAACUGAAUUACCUUAUUGUGUGGUUAUACCUUCAACAGUGAAUUCCUGAAAUGGCAUCAUCUACAUUCAUUAUAAACUGAGCAGCUUUCUUACCUUUGUGGUAUUGUACUAAUGCGUGGCCUAUUGAGUCUGUGUUUUAAUAUCUCUUUCUGAAUAUUUUUCUUACAUUAGAGGAGUUACUUCCAAAAUCAAAUGCUAAAUUACUUUUUUAAAAGUAGCAUUAUAUCAGACACCCUUCCUUUGACCUUUGAACUUUCAGUCUGUGAAUUGAUUGUGAAAUAUCUGUACUUAGUCUUGUUCUGUACAAUGUAACUGAAUGCAGAAAUUCCAAUAAAAGUGAGAAAAUGUC